GUUGCGAACGGACUCCACUGGUCGUGAUUUGAUUGGGCUGCGGCGCUCUUCUCGUCCGAAAAACGGUGUGGCACAGGGGUGUGAGGAUUAAACCAAAGACCCUGUAUUGUGUCUGGGAUUCUCGGCCUCCUAAAUAAUUAAGCUUUCCAUAGAGCUUGGAAGAUGAAGAUGGAAAUUAGGCCUUUGUUGAUGUGCUUUGCUCUGUGCGUGGUUUACGCCACCAGCAAACCAACAGAGAAGAAAGACAGGGUCCACCAUGAUGCACCCCUGAGCAGCAAAGAGCAUGACGAUGGCACAAACUUUGAAUACGACCACGAUGCCUUCCUUGGAGAAGAAGAAGCCAAAACAUUUGAUGAUCUGACUCCGGAAGAAAGCAAAAAUAGGCUUGGUAAAAUUGUGGAAAAGAUUGAUGCAGAUGAGGAUGGUUUUGUGACAGAGGCCGAGCUGAAAGCAUGGAUCAAAAAGGCUCAAAAGAAAUACAUUUAUGACAAUGUGGAGAGACAAUGGAAGGAUUUUGAUCUGAACAACGAUAGAAUGAUCUCCUGGGAAGAAUACAAGAACGUCACCUAUGGCACCUACCUUGAUGAUCCUGAACCUGAUGAUGGCUAUAACUACAAACAGAUGAUGGCCAGAGAUGAACGCCGCUUUAAAAUGGCUGAUGGGAAUGGAGACCACAUCGCUGAUAAAGAGGAGUUCACGGCUUUCCUCCAUCCUGAGGAGUAUGAACAUAUGAAGGACAUUGUUGUGCUGGAAACAAUGGAGGACAUUGACAAGAAUGGUGAUGGGUUUAUUGAUUUGGAGGAGUAUAUUGGUGACAUGUACAACCAUGAGGAUGAAAUGGACGAGCCGGAGUGGGUGGCGACAGAGCGAGAGCAGUUUUCGGAGUUCAGAGACAAGAACAAGGAUGGCAAAAUGGACAGGGAAGAAACCAUGGACUGGAUCCUACCAGCCGACUACGAUCACGCUGAAGCCGAAGCGAAGCAUCUGGUGUAUGAGUCUGACACAAACAAGGAUGGAAAGCUGACCAAAGAAGAAAUACUCAACAAGUAUGAUUUGUUUGUGGGAAGCCAAGCGACUGACUUCGGGGAGGCAUUAGUUCGACAUGAUGAGUUUUAAUUAUUUCUUUUUUAGUAUAAUAGAUAAUUACUUUUUAACUUGUUUUGGUAAAAGAAUAUAAUUUUAUAUUGCCUCAUCAUAAUACAACACUAAUUCCUCAGAAUUUUGUUCACUUGAUUUUCCUUUUUGCACAAAUUUCAUAGCUUUUUUUGUACUGUAAAGUGUGUAACUUUUGUUUGAUUUGAAGUCCAUGUACAGCAUUAUUAUCAUCAUUUCAGUAACUGUAUAUGUCUGUUUUUUAUUGAGAAGCGGUUGAUGGAUUCAGUGCAGUUUUAUACACAUUGCUACAGAUCUAUAAUCGGCUCCCCCUGCUGUUCACAGUUCUGUCGUAAGAAUAUUGUAAGUACAGAAAGCUCUCAUGUUGAUUUUUGAGGGUUUAUACAAAUAUGUAUAACAUAUUAAAUAUAUAUUCACACAUAAAAAUGUGAAUAUGUAUUUGUUAUCUCACAUUUCAAAGCAGAAACAUCUGUUUUUGAGUGAUGACUCUUCAUUUUUCUCUCCAGGCAAUACUGUUGUCUUUUUUUAUUUAUUUAGAAGAACAAUACAUGUCCAUGAACUUUAAUCAUUGUGCCUUUCAUUGAUUUUCCUGUUAGAUUUAGAUCUUAGCUUGUAUUAUAUGUGUAUAAUUCAAAUCUUUUGGGUUUGUUGGGUCCAUCAGAACACGUUACUGAACAAUUUGUUGCCUUCAACUUUAUUAUUUGAAAUGCAUUACCAAUUACAUGAUGUUUGUAACAUGUUUAAUAUGCUGCAAACACAUCAAUCUCCCCCAUUGUCUAUUCAUUUUUCUUUUAUCUUUAUUUUUUUCAGUAUAUAAUGUUUGGCACCUAAAGGUUUCAGGUCACUUGUUGCGAAUGGUGCUGUUUCACCACCUGCAGAUUGUAUCUCGAACACAAAUUGUCAAUAAAACCAAAAUAUGAGCUAAAUAA